CAACAUUAACAUUAAUAUAUAAUAUAAUGUAUAUGUAUAGAUGCAGAUUCAAAGCUAUAGACUCUUAACAUAACAUCAACACAAGGAAAAAAUGUGGAAGCUUAAGAUAUCAGAGGGAGGUAACGACCCUUAUAUUUACAGUAUAAAUAAUUUUCUAGGAAGGCAAACAUGGGAGUUUGAUCCCCAUGCUGGUACUCCCCAAGAGCUGCAACAAGUUGAAGAAGCUCGCAGUAAUUACUGGGAUAAUCGUUUUCAAGUCAAGCCUUGCUCUGAUCUCCUUUCCCAAUUUCAGAUUUUAAAGGAGAAAAACUUCAAACAAACAAUUCCUAAAGUUAAAAUUGAGGAUGACCAAGAAAUUACAAGUGAAGAUGCCACAUCUGCUUUGAGGAGGAGUGUUCACUUCAUAUCUGCUUUGCAAGCGAGCGAUGGUCAUUGGUGCGGAGAACUUAGCGGUGCAUUGUUCUUCACACCUCCUCUGGUUUUUUGCCUAUAUAUUACGGGACAUCUUAAUUCUGUCUUUCCAGAAGAAUAUCGUAAAGAACUCUUACGAUAUAUUUAUUGUCAUCAGAAUGAAGAUGGUGGAUGGGGACUUCACAUAGAGGGUCAUAGCACCAUGUUUUGCACGGUUCUCAACUAUAUAUGCAUGCGAAUACUUGGCGAAGCAUCCGAUGGUGGAAAGGAAAACGCUUGUGAAAGAGGUAGAAAAUGGAUUCUUGAUCAUGGCGGCGCAACUGCCAUAAGCUCUUGGGGAAAGAUAUGGCUAUCAAUUCUGGGAGUGUACGAAUGGGAAGGCAACAAUCCUGUGCCACCUGAGUUUUGGUUAUUUCCGUCAAGUUUUCCGACACAUCCAGCAAACAUGAAUUGCUUCUCUCGACAUACCUUCGCAUCUAUGUCAUAUCUAUAUGGAAAACGAUUUGUUGGUCCAACCACACCACUUAUUCUACAAAUAAGACAAGAAAUUUAUAACGAACCUUAUAACACGAUCAAUUGGAAAAAGACACGUCAUCUAUGCGCAAAGGAAGACAAUCAAUAUCCUAAGACUUCAAUAGCAAAGUUAACAUCAGAUGUUCUUUACACAUUUAUGGAGUCAUUUUCAAGUAAAUGGCCUUUCAAUAAAUUACGAGAGAAGUCUGUUAAAGUAGCAAUGGAUCAUAUUCGCUACGAAAAUGAAAAUACUCGAUAUAUUACGAUAGGUUGUACAAUAAAAACACUUAACAUGCUUUCUUGUUGGGUUGAAGACCCCAAUGGAGAAGCUUUUAAGAAACAUCUUGCAAGGAUUUCAGACUACAUAUGGAUUGCAGAAGAUGGAAUGAAAGUCAUGGGAACGGAUGCUCAAGUAUGGGAUACCUGUUUUAUUCUCCAAGCUCUGCUUGCUAGUAAUCUUGCAACUGAAAUCGGACCUACGCUUAAGAAAGGACACGAUUUUAUUAAGAAUGCUCAGAUCGCCGAAAAUCCAGUAGGAUACGAAAGCAUGUUCGGUCAUAUAAGUAAAGGUGCAUGGCCUUUUGCGUAUAGUGAUCAAAAUUUGCCAGUUUCUGAUUGUUCUGCUGAAUGCAUGAAGUGUUGUCUACUGUUCUCAAAGAUGUCGCCUGAAAUCAUUGGUGAAAACAUAGAACCUUCUAAAUUGUACGAUACUGUUGUUUUUAUACUUUCAUUUCAGAGUAAGAAUGGCGGCGUGCCACCCUUUGAGCCAUUAAGAGGAGGGCCAUGGUUGGAGUGGUUCAGCCCGGUGGAAUUUAUUGAAAACGCUGUAGUUGAGCAUGACUACGUGGAGUGCACUUCUUCAACAGUGCAAGCAUUAAUUAUGUUCAAGAAGCUAUACCCUUCCCACAAAAAGAAAGAGAUCGAUCAUUUCAUUACAAAUGCUAUAAGCUUCAUAGAAGCAACGCAAAGGGCUGAUGGUUCAUGGUAUGGAAGUUUUGCAAUAUGCUUUACUUAUGGCACCUUCUUUGCACUAAAAGGGCUGGCUGCUGCUGGGAAGACAUAUGAGACUUGUUUGGCUAUUCGCAAAGGUGUUGAUUUUCUUCUUAAAUCACAAGGAAAUGAUGGUGGAUGGGGAGAAAGUUACCUUUCAUGCCCACAAAAGGUAUAUGUUCCUCUCAAAGGCAACCGAUCAAACCUAGUACAAACUUCUUUGGCUAUGAUGGGCUUGAUUCAUGCUGGCCAGGCCGAAAGAGAUCCUACGCCCCUGCAUCGUGCCGCGAAGCUACUGAUAAAUUCUCAAACUGAACUAGGUGAUUUUCCUCAACAGGAACCAGCGGGCGCACUCUUGAGCAACGUUAUGUGGCACUAUGGCUUAUAUCGAAAUACUUUUCCCUUAUGGGCAUUAGCAGAAUACUGCCAGCAUGUUUCUUUGCCUACUAAACUAAUUUAAGAAAAUGAACUUAAAUGUUUUUCUUCUUAAUAAAUAUUUCAAAUUUAUCAGUUGAAACUCCACAAUUUUAAUUUUCACUUCAUUCAUCAUUUGUAUUGAUUUGCUA